AUGAUCUCCUCAACCUUGUUCAGCCUCGCCUCUCUUGCGAGCGUCGCCCUCGCGGCGACUGACUGUACUGGCAUCAAUGCUAUUGCACCUGGUUGUGCCUCGCAAGAAGCAUCACACCAACGUGACUUCUUCUACAUUGGAGGACGUUACGUAGCUGGAGCCGCUGGCAACCUCACCUAUGACCAACUCUACGUCGAGAAGUUGACUCCUGCGACUGGCGUGAACCAGAGUCACCCCGUUGUGCUCUUCCACGGAGGCGGUACUUCUGGAGUGUGGCUAACUGGACAGACAUGGCUUAACACACCUGAUAAUCGCAAGGGCUUUGCCUCCCAUUUCCUAGACUUUGGCUACCAAGUCUAUAUCGUCGAUCAGACUAGUGUUGGUAGAGGUAGCGCAGAGAACCUUGUCGACUACGUUAUGCGUAUCGGAUCUACCGCCGAGAUCACCGAGAAGGGAUUCACUGCUCCUGAACUCACUAACGCAUACCCACAAUCUCAGCAGCACACUCAAUGGCCCGGCUCAGGAGUAAAGGGCGAUCCCGUCUUUGACGCCUUCGAAUCAACAUUUAUUCCUUUGACCAGCAACAUGACUGUCCAGGAGCUUUCUAUGAGAUCUUCGGGUUGUCAACUGCUUUCUCUUAUUGGCCCUUCAUUCCUAGUCUCUCAUUCAAUUGGAGCUUUGCACCCUCUGCUCUUGUCCAACGAUUGCCCUUCUUUGGUCGCCGGCAACAUUAAUCUGGAGCCUGGAAACAUUCCCUUCCAAUCGUAUGUCGGAAAUGCUACCUCAUCUGUUGGCCGCACUACCGCUCGCCCCUGGGGCAUGACGAAUACCUGGGUCACAUACGAGCCUGCUAUCAACGGUACUUCCGAGCUUACUCACGAGCUCGUUGGAGACGACACACCUGCCAAACGCAGCUGCUACAUGCAGACUGGAACAAUUCACAAGCUCACAGAGAUCGCUAAAGUCAAGUACGUCGCACUUACUGGCAGUGCUAGCCCUCAUAUCACAUACGAGCACUGUGUUAUCGACUUCCUGCAACAGGCUGGUGUGCCUGCCGAAUGGAUCAAGCUUGCUGAUAGAAGCAUUCUUGGUAACGGUCACUUUGGCUAUCUUGAGAAAAACAGUGAACAGAUUGCUGAUGUCGUUCACGAAUGGAUCCAAAGCAACUGCUAA